AUGGAUGACUUGCCAGCCACUACGGGAGCAGCAACAGCUGAAGCGGCAUCCAGCCAGUAUUCCAACGGAGAAGACUUCACAUACACGCUCGACCCCCAUACCACAGACUCCUGGUGGGCAUCUGCAAGUCGAGGCGUAGCCAGAAGCGAGCGAGGGAGCGCAGUUGACGGCGCAGACGACUCUCAGCCAUUGCUGUUUGUGCUUCGGAACAGUAUAUCUGACAGCUUGGUGGACGAUGUGGUGUUAUGGCUGAAGCGAAAUGCUCCUCCUGAUAUUGCUCAAGUGAGCAUUACCGAGCUCACAGACCAGACACGAGAGCUGCGGGACUUUAUAGCUGAGCAGAGCGAGUCACGGUCCGCAAAUGCACUUAUCAAUAUGGAUCAACUGCCAACAGAAUCACAAGACCAGGUUAGAGACGCAUGGCUCAGAUUCACGGGGCGUCUCGUCCACUCCCUCAGGCACUUUGGCCUUCAGGAUUAUAAGGACAUGAAUUGGUUUAUCCGAGACUUCGAAGCCAAUAAUAACUCUCUCCGCAGAACCGUCGAGCGCGAGAUUCUCACCACACCUCAGCUCUACGAGGCAGAACAUCUAGAAAGAGGCAUCCAGCUACCGCGCUCCCAGAUUCUCGGCCUAGCCGAUGCCUUUCGUGACAUCAAACGCUUGAAUCGCCUGGCCGAAGCGCUGAAGGCUGCCAGCGCAGGGCACUUUCGUACACUUGCCUGCCUCGGCCAUGUGGUUCUCCCGGUGGCGACCAGCGCAAAGUACGGACUGGUUUUCCAGAGGCCCCGAGGAGGAUGCGAGCCAGUCACGCUCUACACGCUACUUCUAGAGCAGCAGAGUCAGGCGAGGAGGACCAUCACCAUCCCAACCCUCGGUGAGCGCAUCCGGCUCGCCUUUGAGAUCGCCCAGGCCUUGAUGCGGUGGCAUCUGGCCGGCUGGCUACAUCAGGGUAUCGCUAGCUUCCACAUUAUCUUCAAGACCAGCCCUACUACUGUCGACUACAGCAAGCCGUAUCUCGUUGGCUUCAACUACACCCGUGAGAACGACUCUUCUUCGGCCACGAGAGCAGGCGGCCCGACCACGGCCGAGAAGAUUCGUGACAUGUAUCGACAUCCCGAGCGCCAAGGCUCCAGACCCCCAAAGAAGCACCUACGCAAGCACGACCUGUACGCGCUUGGCCUGCUUCUCAUCGAGAUCGGACGCUGGAUCUCGCUAGGAGAUGUAUUCCAUAGCGCCGUGUCUAAUACCCUCGGCGAUCUGUCGUCAGUUCCAAAGGCUGCUCGCAAGCUUACCGAGCGGGUGCUGGCGUUUAAUAUGGGUGCAGCCUAUCGAGACGCAACAGCUGCAAGUCUUCAAGGCCAUCUUGGUGUGGUUGAGGAUGAUGAACACGGAACGAGAUUCAUUGCCGACUUUGAGUCCCAGGUUGUUCGCAAGUUGGAAGCUGGAUUGAAGAUUGAUGAAUGA